AUUAGUUUUCGAUGUAUGCAACUUAGCAACCAUGGUAACAAUCUAUUAGAUUACUGCACACAACUAUUAGUAGGCUACUAGAUGAAUUCAUUAAUACACACGAUGCAAUUCAUCUAGCAUCAAAGUUGCUCCUAUUUAGCACUGAAGUUGCCUCAUUUAGCAUCGAAGUUGCUUUUGAAAAGAAAACUUCAAAACAUAUUCAUAUGGGAUCUAGUUUUGAAGCGUUCGUCAUGAGGAACCCAAAAGUGAAAACCGAUCAUCAUUCCGACACGUGGUUUGAAAGUUAUAGUUUUUUGAAUUUUUUCGUACUGGAAUUAAUGCAUGUGACGUCAUCAUUGCAUUGACGUGUUUGGUCGGACCACGUGAAAAAAAAUCAACGCAUUGUUGAAAGUAAUCUUUUCAUAUAUAGAAUGGAGGGGGGGAAGAAUUUCCAAAUCUGGAUGAUGAUUGUGUGGGUCGCGAGCCAUCGAAUGACUGCAGCACGUGCGCUCGACUUCACCAGAAAACGCAGCUGCACUUUAAGCAUUCGGGAAAAAAAAAAAGCUAGGGUCUCACCGAGAGGAAAGGGGAUCGAGGGUCAGUUAUUUUUUUAGAACGAAAUCGGGGGUCAGUUAUGCGCCGCCGCCUCCUGCCGUGCGUCGAUCUCCACCAUCUCGCCGUCGCCGUCGGAUGCCGCGAAUGAGGAUCCACUGAUGCUUGAGAAGAGGCGCCCAAAUAAGCAGCUCCCCCUUUGGGAGCUGCAGUCCCCAAUCCAAGCAGCAGCAGCAGCAGCUCCUUUCCGAGCUGCGACCGGCAAUCGAAGCAAUCAAGCGGCUCCAUUCCGAGCCUCAAUCCGCAAUCGAAGCAGCUCCCUUUUUGGUAGCAAUCAAGAAUCAAAAGCAGUCCUUGCCGGAUUACAAUUAGAAACAGGCCCUCUUUCGAAUUCAGUCUCCGAGUUUCCAUUGGUGGCGGAAACCUAGCAGCUAUAUAUCAGUUUGAAGAGGAGACGAUCAGCUCUCUUUCCAGGCAAACGGCUGCCAGAACGGCCUCGGCAAAUCCUCCCUCGACAUGAUGGAGGACAAUGAGGUUGAUAGGCUCAGCAAGUUGCCUGAUGACGUUUUGCUCAACAUUGUGGAGCGACUUGAAAUCGCUGAUGCUGCACGAACUACCAUCCUCUCCACACGUUGGAAACAGAUCCCUGCUAUACUCUCAAAGGUUGUUAUCGUGGCUGGUUCUUUUGAGCCCAAGCACGGAAGGAGGAAGAUAACCUCAGAUGAUAUAGUUCGGGCCAACGCCACCGUGCUGGAAGCUGCUAGGUGCAUACUGGGAAGGAGGGCUGGGAGUCUAUCCACCAUUCACCUGUUGUGCAUGCAAUUCUACUUGGGAGAUGAGUCUGUUUUCAUUGGCCAGACUGUUGCCAACACCAUAGCAACACAAAAGGUCGCUUCAGUUGAUUUUACAAUCAUGACGAAGGUGCGCAGAAAUUGUUCCGUUGAUGAACUGCUCACUUAUGGGAGGCAGUUCAUGUCAUUCUUUGGUUCGUGUCCAAACACAUUUGGUGGUCUUGCACGCCUCACGCUAGAGAAUUUGAGGUUGGGUGAAUCAGACUUCCCCAAAAUUUUCAGUAUUUGCAAUCAACUGGAGUUCCUCCGUUUCCAACAGUGUGAUGCGGGGAAUAUGUCUUUGCUGGAAGUGGAACACGAACAGCUCCGUGAAUUACUGAUUUUUUGUAGCAGUAUUAAGAGGGUUGCUCUGAAGUGUGUACCAAAGCUCACAAUACUGAAAAUUAAUGCUUUUAUGUCUCCAGAAGACCCCUUCUGUCUGGGCUAUGUCCCACUGCUUCAGACUGUGACCGUCAUUAAUACUGGUCUUUCGCGGCACAAGAUGCUCAAGUUAAGCGAGUUGCUGGGUAAGACCGCCAUAAGCACCCUCCAUUUGAACUUCAAAUGUGAAAAGAUUUGGGUGAAACCAGAAGGUCGAAAGCAAUUGCUACCGGUGUUCCACAAACUAAGGCUUGUGAAUUUGAUCAACAUUUCUGAAGAAUGUGAUCUGACUUGGACGAUGUUCAUACUCCAAGGUGCACCCGCCCUUAAGGAACUAUGCAUCAUGGUGAGGGAUCAUUUAUGUGAAAUGACAACCGGGGAGGUGAGGAAGAGGUUUACGUACAGCGAGAAGAAGGACAAAGGACUAGAGUGGGAACCAUCUUCCCCUGAUUUCAAGCACCACAAUCUGGCUGAGCUCAGGAUCUAUGGGUUUCAGGCAGAAGACAGAUUCAUGAGGUAUGCCAGAAAUGUCAUGGAGGCAGCGGUUAACCUGGAGGCCAUGAACCUAUAUAGAAAUCCAGGGUGUGACAAGUGCAAGCACACGCUUUCAGGUCAGUGGACAUGGACGGAGAUGUUGUUGAUCAGAGACAAAAUAAACAAUGGGAUGUCGUCACAUGCCAGGAUUCACUUCCCGAGUUGAGGGCAAGUUUUUUUCUUAAGACAGAUAUUGCUCGCGUCUAGAAUUUUGGCAAAUGGAAACUGCCAAUGUUUGUUAUUUGUGAUAAAUGCUUGCACCUUGUUCUCGUUUCAAAUUGUAUUAUACUAAGCACUGCACUGGUGACAAAGCGUGUUAUAGCCGAAGAACAUUUCGUGCAGACUGAACAAUGAACAUCUUUGACAUCUGUCAGCGUUAGCCUCU